AUGUCAUUCAACGAAAAGGAGGUUGGAGAGAUUGCUGAUAUAAUUAGCGAUCUCAGUAGUUCUUCUCAGCCAAACAUUAGUGAAAGCAGUAGUCAAGAAACUAAAGCUGCAGGGAAGAAAUUAUUAGAGCUGGAUGGAGAGAUCGGUGUCUUAAAAAGUCAAUUGUUUGUCCCCGUGACAAACUUUGCUGUGAGAUGUACAGGUUACGUGGUCGAUGAUUCCUCGUCGACAGUCGCUCGUGGAUUUUUGUUCAGGGUAAUCCCAAAAGAUCGAGUACAUUGGCAUUGCGAAGACAUCGAAGUGCGAGAGUCCGACGAUAAUCAGACUAGGUAA